AGUUUAUCUAACUUGAAAGUAAACAUUCAGUUAUUAAAUUAUAUUACAAACGAGGCUACCAUAAUUCUAUUCAAAUAUAUAGGGUGUUCUGGGACUUGAUGCAAAAAAUUCGGGAGUGAGUAGAUAACGUGAAAAUAAUUCUGUGGCAUGAAAAAAAUUUCUCUUACGAGCCCUCGUUUCUGACUUAUAGGCAUUUAAAGCUGCGAAAUCAAAAUAAAUAGCGAAUCGUACAAAAUACAACUUACAUCUCAAUUAAAUGAUGUUAUUGACCAAAAGUGAUUAAAAACAAUAAGGAUAAAACGAAUGAUAAAACAAAUCUAAUGUGGAUGUUCUCAAGAAUUAUUUCAACAUUAAUUAGAUGAAAAUAGUUAUAACUUGCACUUGCACUGGAUGACGUUAUUACACAUAUGCAUAUAAGAAAUUUAUUGAGAUACUGGAGAUGUUUCGGAGUAGCAAUCGUCAUAAUUAUCAUAUUAAAUUUACAAUCGCAAGAAUUUCAAUACCAAUACAACCUAGCCUGUUAUUCUGCAAAAGGAAAUACAUUACCCGACAUAUCAGAAGUACCUCCCCGAAAAGGAAAAUCAAUAUUUUUCCAUGAAACAUCUUGUAAAUCAUUACAAAAAGGAAAAAUAACAAUAACUUCACGUCAAGCAUGUGCAGUAGAGAGCGCCGCUAUUAUGAAUCCGAAUUUAGACAUUUAUUUGCUUUAUACUUCACCAGGUAUUAUAAAAAACGAAGGAGACGAAUCUGACUUGUUCCUAAGUGCCUUAUUAAGUUAUAAAAACGUCAAGAUUUUACAUUUAAACUAUGAAAGGUACAUUAAUAACACCCCUGUAGGAAAUCUCUGGAAGUACAAUAAAAUACAAAGCUCUCGUUACUCGCUGAGUCAUGCUAGUGAUAUACUUAGAUAUGUUACGCUAUGGAAAUAUGGCGGAAUUUAUUUAGAUCUGGACGUGGUUAUUUUGAAGUCUCUGGAAGAUCUACCCGCAAAUUUUGCUGGAUUACAAUCUCUGACAGAUGUGGCAGCUGGUGUGAUGGGUUUUGCUGCGUCCGGUAAAGGACACGAAAUGGCAGAAAGAUGUUUACUCGAUCUUCAAAAGAACUUUGACGGUGACAAUUGGGGAAAUAAUGGUCCAGGAGUGAUAACAAGAUUAUUGUUGAAUCUUUGUGGAAUAACCAAUAGGACCAAAGAUACCAAUUUAUUAGAAUUAAUUGUCGAUAAGGAUUGUGGAGGAUUCACUGUAUUCACACCUACAGCUUUCUAUCCGAUAUCGUAUCAGACUUGGUAUUGGUAUUUCGAUGAAUAUAAAUUACAAUCUAUGAUAUUUAACACUGAAGAUAGUUACGCAAUACAUACUUGGAAUAAAUUUAGCGCCAAUACGAAAGUACUUUUGAAUUCGGGUAUGCCUUAUUUUUAUUACGCCAAAAAAUAUUGUCCCAAAGUCGUUGCCGAAUGCACUAGGACGUUUUAAUCAAACAAUUGUUUAUUGUUUAUUUCGUCGCAUUUUACUCAUUGAAAUAGAAAAAAAAAAUAUGAGAAUAAAAUAAUUCAAACUAGAUAGAACACACAGUAUGGUUAUUGGGUUUAAAAUUAUUUAUCAUCACGUCACUUUGAAUCAUAUUACGUAUAUAAUGAGGCUAGAAACUGACAGAUCUCAUAUUUUGAGAUGAUGAAGGCGUAAUUUUAGAAGAUUACUUGCAAGAGGAAAGAAGAGGAAGCUAGUCCAAGUUGUUUUCUUGCAGUCAGCGAAUACCAUCUGUUGUCAAAGCUUCAAGAACCCUGCAUGGGGAACGAUUUUCUAGAUAUAAAGUCAAAUGUACAGUAUAGUCCUUAGAGACGCCAGCACAUUGAUAGUAAAAAUUUGUAAACCUUAUUGCGGACUAUAUUGGAAAGUUAAAAUGAUGAAUUUAUAAUUUUUUUAUUGCAAAUGGGUCAUGGGCAGAGCAAAGGGAUUAGCCCUCCUGGCCGUGUAACAUUUUAUUUUCCAGUUGGCAAAUGUUUCAGAAGUUAAAUUCUUCAAAAAGUAAAAAUUUAUAUAUAUGCAGGUUAAAAAUAAUAUAUCAUUGUAUCUCAGAAACAAGAGCUGAUUUACAUGUGUAAUUAUACAAAAAUAUAUAAUUUUGUGUUCGAAAUAGAUUAGAAUUUCAAAUAUUAAAGUCAUAUUUUUAUAUUCGAAUGUAUAUAUGAAAAUUUUUCAUCGAUAUUAAUACCAAUUUACACCAUACAAUAAACGCUCAUAAUAUAA